AAGCUCUGGCCUCCAAGAUGUUCCCACCACACUCUCUUAAAGUGACUUGCUGAGGAAGACAUCCAAGUACUAUUCACACUUCUCCGGGGAAAGGGAGGAAUGGCUGCCUGUGUCAGACCUGCAGCUGCAUGGUAAGGUGGACCUGUACUGAGCUCCCAGCCUGUUCUAAGCCUCUCAAGAGCCUGUGGUCUGAUGAUUGGGACAUCCCUACUUCAUGGAGGAGGGAAGAAGACUUGUGAUAUUAAACUGGAUUCCCCCAAGGUCACAAAGCAGCAAGCUCUGCCAACCCAGCUCCAGCCUGAGCCAGGAUACAAGUGACUCAGACCUGGGAGCUGGCGGCAGUGGGAGGCAAGGGUGGAGUGGGAUCCACAGCGCGUAUAAGGAGUGGCCAGGGAGUAAGCCGCAUCCUUACCACAGAGAACAUGAAGCUUCUCUUCUGGCUCCCUCUGGCCGUGGUCUUGAGCAUGGAGCUGGCUACAACGCAGGGUUUGUGGUGUCAUCUGUGCAAGGGCUUCGGAGGAUGUUCCCAUCAGUCCAGCUGCCCAAGGCGCUCCACCCACUGCGUCAUCAUCGCCACCCGGUCUCCUAUCAGCUUUACAGACCUGCCUCUGGUGACCAAGAUGUGCUACAAUGGGUGCCCUGAUGUCCCCAGCCUGGGACUGGGUCCUCAUGUGUCCAUUGCUUGCUGCCAGUCCAAUCUCUGCAACAGUGACUGAUCACGCUCCUCCACUACAGCCUGGAUCUGCAGAACCAUGUCCCUUGCUGGGUCUGGUCCCUGGAGACCAUUCCAACCUGGCCAGCCCACAGUGCCCCAGAUUCACCCUUAGGAGUUCUGCAUCAAGUCUUAUCUAACUCCACUGUUCUGCAAACUUAAGGCCCUCCUGUGCCAUCCCCGGUAUCAACAAACCCUCUAAUAAAAGGUGGCCAGAU